GACGUCAUGGCAAGGGUGCCCAGUCUUCAGUUUGGCGGAGGACAAGUUUGUGUAGCUUCGACAAACUCUACACACCACAGGCGGGGGUAGCAAAUAGACUAAGAAGAAACAGGGCUGUUAAUAACUUUUGGGGGGGGACUGUAAUAUCAACAUGACGUUAUUUCCAGUGUUAUUUAAAGUGCCAUUAUAAUUAAUAUUGUUGUUGGGUUUUUAAAAAAGUAGCGACCAGAGCGAAGUGGAUUUAUACCCGUCACAUUACAAUUAACGGCUUUAUUACUGCGCUGUUAUUUCUGUCAGGUUGGGCGGUUGCUUCCCGUAAUUAAUGAAUAGGUCCAUAUCGCUUUCAAGUGUCUCGUAUCUGCCACCGGGCGGUCUCGCAUGAACUGCGUAGAGGCAGCGACGAGGGGUCGGAGGCUCCGCCAGCAGAGCCGGGCUUCAGGAUGAAGAUGCCGCGGGGAGGACGCCUGUUUCUGGCGACGUGCCUCGGCUCGCUCUUCGUUCUCGUGCUGUACUUUCAGAGCAUCACCAAACCAGCAGAAGCUGGUUUGAAGGCUGUCACCAGACCAGGGAAAAGCAGGACAAGUCCGCUGCAGACGCUUUAUAAUGGAGACCAGCAGCUGGAGCUGUUGGCAGCUCACAAGUCCCUCCAAGGCCGCAGGGAGCUGCUGGAGCAGGCAUGUCUGAGUCACACGAGGAAGCGCCGCGUGCUCUCGCCCGAGGAUCUCAAACACCUCAUUGUUGACGACAUGCAUGGCCUUAUUUACUGCUAUGUACCCAAGGUAGCCUGCACUAACUGGAAGCGUGUCCUCAUGGUCCUCACCAGCGACGGCCGCUACACCGACCCCCUCGCCAUCCCCGCUAAUGAGGCCCACGUCGCAGGUAACCUCCGCACGCUUUCCGAGUUCUCGGUCGCAGAGAUCAACCAGCGCCUUCGCAGCUACCUCAAGUUCAUCUUUGUGCGGGAGCCCUUUGAGCGGCUGGUGUCGGCCUACAGGAACAAAUUCACGCGCAGGUACAACACUGCCUUCCACAAACGCUAUGGAACCAAAAUCAUCCGCCGGCACAGGCCCAACGCCAAGCCGGAAGCCCUCGAGAAAGGAGAUGAUGUGACUUUCCCUGAGUUUGUCCAGUAUCUCGUGGACCCUCGGACGCAACGGGAGGAACCUUUUAACGAGCACUGGGAGCGGGUGCACUCCCUCUGCCACCCCUGCCUGAUCCACUAUGACGUUGUGGGGAAAUACGAGACUCUGGAGCCCGAUGCUCAGGCCGUGCUCAGAUUGGCCGGAGUGGAGGGGACGCUUCAAUUUCCAACGUCCGGCAAGACCACCAGGACAGACGGCCACAUGGCGGCGCGUUACUUUAAGCACAUCAGUCCUUUCUAUCAGAAAAAACUGUUCAACCUGUAUCGCAUGGACUUCAUGCUCUUCAACUACUCCACACCAGAGUAUCUCAGGACUUGAUAAGCAUCACUUGUCCUUUCAGGCACUUUUGUGUUGCUCCCUGCCUCGGAGUGGUCCAUCACAAGCAGAGACUUGACACUGGGACUCUCCAAGGGAAACAGUUAACGGCUGUGGAGAGUGACUGGAUUUUCUGGUUCCAGUAAGUGAAACUAAAAACUGCCUAAGAAGAAGACAGAUGGUGUGUGUGCUGUUAUCUACUGAGUGAGGAUGGAGUUUGUCUUUAGCACAGCAGACUGCAGGUGACACAUCAUCUCUUUACAAACAGAUCCUUUUUGUGUUUGUUGCAAUUUCUUGCCAAAGUUUUGCUUCAUCAAAUUUAGCGAGCCUUGCUUUGACUUUAGUUGGAGUGUUGUAGAGCUGGUGAAAUGUGCCUCAUCAGCAUUUUUCUGCAGCUCUCACUACAGAUUUCUUUUCUUUGUUUUUGCAUCUUCUGAGAGGUAAUGAGCCAGAAAUGAAACUUGAGAGGAGCAGGUUCUCUUCUCACAGGUAAAUGUGCUGACUGUGAAACUGAGCAUAGUGUUGCCGUCUCUUAGGAAGGCCUUUAUUUAUGUCAGUAUUUAUUGUUUUGGAAAACAAGGAUGUCGGGCUCAUUUUUUUUCCAGAGGAAAUGAUUUUCUUUUCUUAAAGAACAAAAAACUUUUCUCUUUCAGAGUCAAUAUCUUUUUGCCGUGUCAGCUUUUGCACAUUAACCGAUGCUAAAACAGAAAACUGUGAGAGCGUACCACAUCAGCCUCCUGCUUUAAAUCUGCACAACUCUCACAGCUCUCGUUCACACCGGCUCCCACAGAUCCCAGAGUGAUUUCCAGUCGUAGACGCUCCCUCAUUCCAGUAAAAGUGUGUUGCCGUCCCUCAUCUAUCGUGUGCCUGUAUUUAGCUCUGAGCAGGUAGGCUGAACAAACAACCACAUAGCUGUGGUCAGGGCUGCGUCCAGCCCAGGACUAGUCCUGGUCAGAGCUCCCCUUGUUGGGCUGUAGGCAAGCACACCAAGGUUUAAUCCACCUACAGUCACCAAACAGGCCUCGUUCAGUAAAUAUGAUCAGUACACUGUUUGACCUUCAUUAACUCUUUGAAGACAGAAUAUGCAUUUAAGAUGGACUUGAAAUAUUUGCCAAAGAUAAAAAUAACUUCUUUAAAAUUCAUAUUACCUCAGAUAUUUCCUUGCAAGCACCAUAAGCGAGAGACAGUUUGUAUCAUACAUAUCUGUUUAUAUCCCAGCAUCCACUUAAAUUAUAGGAAGAUUAGAUUAUGCUUUAAAAAUAACUCCCAAAGGCAUUUCAAGAUGGCUUUAACCAACAAGAAUUGGGCACAAGAGCUAGAAGAGAUUUGGAUCUCCCCUAAACGAAUAAACUGAAAUCAAAACAAACAGUUCUUUGAUUCCUUACAAUAAUCUGAAUAUCUCAGUGCUACACAGUUUAUCAAGAUUAAGAGCUGGGAUUACUUAUUCUUUGUAGAUUGCUGAGACAUGAUCUCAAAACAUCAGAAGCGAACAUUUCAGAAACACACCCACGGUUUGCUCACUGUACACUGAAGCUUUGGCUGUUUAUUCUUAUCUGCACGUCCUUCGGGUUUCUUUUAUAAAGUAUGUUUAAUUUAGUCAGACACGUGCCAACCUUUCUUAUUGUUUUCCUGUAAUUACGCUUUGAAAAGUGCAAUAUUAGUACAUGUUAAAAGCUGUGUCUUUAUUCAAGCCUUAAUUUUGUGCCAUAUUUUAUUUUUCUAUUCCAGCCAUGGAUUACAGGGUGUUCCUUUCUGAUGCUUUCCUGCGUAGCAGUUUGUAAUUUAAGUCGUAAUUUGUAAGAAGCUGCAACUUGGCAAAACCUGAUUACACACUUUACUUUUUUUUCUUGUUUUAUGAUCUACUGCACGAAAUGUAUGUUUCACCUUUUAAUUUAGAAUCUGCUAAGUUUUCAUCUCAGAUGCCCCGACGCUGCUGUGUGGGACACAGCUAGCCAAAGAAACCAUUUUCUGUAGAAAUGUUCUUUGAGUCAGAUCUUUGUCAUUGUGAGUCAUUGUGAAACGGCAAACAGAACACAAUCUGAAAGAAUCUCUCAUGCACUUGUGACACCAAGCUGUGAAUCUGAUAACUGAAGUGCACUUGCUGAUGUGAUAGUGAAUGACUGGUUACCUUGAAGUUUAAAAAAAUAUAAACCCACAAUGACAGCACUGUGUGUGUCUGCUUUAUUAUUAUGACAGUUGUCCUAUAGUUGAACACCAUUUGAACACAGAUGUGCAGAAACUGUAUUUUGCCCUGUUUUUUUUUGGGCGGGGGGGGGGGGUUUGCAGUAGGAAUAGUAAAAUUGCCCCAAACUUUAAAAACCAUACACAUGCUGGGGUAGCAGGACUUUUUUUUUCUUAUUUGUAUGAUAACGCCACAGACAAUCAGAAAUUAGUCUGUUGCUUUUUCAUUAAAAUAGAACUGUUCAUAGCCACAAAGUCACAUUAACACUCACCAACAAUUUUGCUUUAAUCUCCAGACACAUAAGACAGCACAGUGUAGGUAUGGAAGUUUGAAGAACUUAACACAGCAAGAUUAGAAAACAAAGGCGCCUUAAAAAGGCCCUAACAUCAUAACGUGGCAGUGUCAACACUGAAGUACAGUACAAGCUCUGACGAAGAUAAAGCAAAAGAGAAAGAACUGCUGCAACAUUUAAAUACAGAUUCUGUUUUUCUUUUUAAACAUUGAGAUGCUUGUAGACGAGAUUUUAGUUACAACAUGGUUGACAUUUUUGCUUUCAAGGCAACUUCAGACUACUAAUAAAACACAGUGCAAGUUUGCAGUCAGAUGUUUUUGUUCCAGUUGCACUCCAUACUGUCCAAUAGGGCUGGAUGAUACACUAAAAAAGAAAGAAAUAAAAUAGAGGUUUGCUUUCUUGCAAAAAGCUAGAUGCAAAGACUGACCACUCUCAAUUAAAAGCCACUUAGCAGUGAGCUAAGCUGAGCUAAUAGCUAGCAGGUAUUGAAUUAGCAAUUAAUGUUCGUUUUCAUUGUUUAUAGUUUGUAGCUCAUAGAUUUUUAGGCCUCACUCACACAAGCCCAGAGACUAGUGGACAACCCUGUUUUCCCAGUUUCACUACCACUUGUCGAAUAGUUUUUCAAAGUCAGCAUCUUCUGGACAAAUUGCUGAAGACCGCAGCAAUCUGCUAGUGACUAAAGCAAUUACAAGGUGGUUUUCGGUGAAGUACAAUAUACCUCUUUGCAAUCCUUUUCAUGCUAGUGACUGCACACAAUACAGAGAAACCAUCUGCCAGUCGAAUGCACACUGGCAGUUACUGACUGGUCUCUAGGCCCAUAUGAACUGAGUUGAGCAAGCGACGUCACAGUGACCUCUUCACAGCAAUUCACAACUUUUCAGAGAAUACAUGUUUGGCUGUUGCCAGAUGGUUGCAGACUGUGUGACUAGGGCCUUUGGUUAUGUUAGUGCUAAGGUAAAUAGUUAUCACUCUAAAGUUUAAAGCAAGCAAGUAUUUAGCUAUCUUUAACAAGUAGCUAAACUGUUACCAUUGCUUCACUUUAAAGGUUUAGCUGUAAUUAGCAGGUGCUAGCUUACCUAAGCCAGUUAAACUUAUUCUAAGCCUUAUACAUAUAGCUCUAUUGAGCUACACAUAUAAGUAUAGCUCACUAGGGAGCUAUACUAGCGUAAGGUUAUGCUACUUUUAAGGUAAAGAGUGUUUCACUAUUUAAAGUUCAUAUUACAGUAAUUGCCUUUGACAUAGAUAAAUAGUUAGCUUUUUCCAUUUUACAGUUUAAGCAUUUAUCUGGGAUAAAAGGCAGCACUGUGAACAAGCUAUGGCCAUGACUAGAACUUGGGUCCAUGCUUAUAAAAUUACCAAAUUAAGUAAUGUUCCCAUGUUUUUAUCAGUGAUUGUACUCUUUUAACCACUUGGUGCAGUGGUCUGCAGGUAUACGAGACUCCACUUUGGAUCAGAACAUUUUGUAGUUACAAUGCAAAUACCCUCUAAUUUGUUAUAACCUGGCAGACAUCACGCCACCUACUGUACACUACAAGAACAUCAUUUUAUAUGUCGUCCAUGUAAACAUGAAAGGGGGGGGGGACUACUACAACAACCCUGGCUUUAUAACCAGCAACAUCCAUUUAUUGGUCUUCUUAUCCAAAUAUUUUACUCAGAGUACUUUAGUUACUUGCAUUUUUAGAAAUGGCAGUUGAAAAUAAUAAUUUAUUAAAACACUGAACUUUUCCUUUUAACCGUUUUAAAUUAAAUGUGCGUCUAAUUUGGAUCACGGUCAAAAAUUCAAACAGCAGACGUAAACAAUCACAAAAGGUAAAUAACUAAUUUCCUAAAACUGUCAUAUUAACCUUAAUUGUUAUGCGAAUGACAAAGUUUAAAUUGUAUCAUCCAGCCCCUUCACCCACACUGGUUAAGACUCACUUAUGUGCUGGUACAACACAACCUCAGCUGUGGUCUAAAUCUCACAGUAUCACAGUUAAUACACUGAUCUCAGAUGACUAACCCGGGAUUCAAGUAGUACACGUCUAUAGACUAGUUCUUAUGCAUCUAGUGUUUAACAGUGUUACAAUAAAAGCUUUUAGCAAAGACCUAUUAACACUGCAGUACCUCACAUAAAAGUUCACUGAGAAGACGGGUUGUUGACAGAAACGCGUUGAUGUUUGAGGCUUACUCGAAAAGUGCAUGCGUGUAAAAAAAAUGAGAAACUCUCCUUGUGUUUAAUGAGUGCAUGUACACACACAUUUGUGUUUCACUGUUAUUUUGAGACAUCAUGUAAACUCAAGCAGAAAGACGAGAACAUAGUUUGGGCCAGUCUGAUUUAGUCAUCCAUGCUGUGAUGAACUUUUACCGAUUCUAUCCUUUGUGUUUUAUUGAACAUUUAAAUGUGGAAAGUCUGAAUAUAAAGCAGCUUAAACAUGACUUUAACUGUUACGUGAAUUAAAAAGGGGCACAGUGAACACAGGCAGAAUGUGACACCAGAUGCAAAUUCUACCAGCGUGGAUUAAACGUGUCCACAAGAGUGGGAUUUUUCUGAACUCUACUAUUUUGGGGUUUUAAGACAAGACAAAGAAAAUCAAGGAUA